UGAUUUCUUUGAGGAUUGACUGAUUUGAUCUCCCUGCACCUUGAAUAGAACUUUGCCGGUCUUUAAAGGUACGACUGGACUCGAACUUUCGUCGUGGUUGAAGUUUGGAGAUCCUGACCAGUCUUUGGCGCUUCGCCGCCGGAUCCCACGCGUUUACACGGGGAAAAGUUCACCCCCGCCGUAUUGACCCGCCGCCAUCGGCGGCCUGCGCGUGGGACCCGGAGCAGGAAGCACCGGGCGCGCCUCCUCAUCCCUGCUCUUCUGGUCGGGCGCGGAACUGCGGGCGCCUCUCCAAAGGGCCGCUCCCUCCAGCCCGAAAGUUCGCCGCUCCUGCUGGCAAUGGCGGUCGCAGGCGCGCGGCGACCCUCCUGAGGGGCGGGCGGGAAACCCCCGGGACGGGAGCCCUGCUGGGCGAGGAAGGCUCAGGACGAACGAGGGCAGCGCUAGUGACGAACGUGUGCCGGCUUUGAUCCUCUGUAAUGCAACUCAUCUGUGUCCGGCUCUGUAAAUGUAUUUCUCCGUAUAACUCCUUGGGUAUUUUGACUGAAGCAAGAAUAAAGCCCACCUGCUGAAGAUCAAGGACGGAGAACCUCAUGACGUGGCUUUCCUCUUUAAAAACACAAAGGACUUUAAAUGGACCGCGGCUGGCGAUGACGCUUCACAAAGUGCCGGCUGCCGUCCUGUACCAAAUGGAGCAAGAGCUCGACAAAGAUGAGAAGGAUACCAUGGCGUUCCUCUGCCAGGAUCUCGUGCCGGACUUACCCGCCCCGGAUGUUAGGACGCUUUUGGUGGCUUUGGAUGAGCGGGAACUGCUGACGUCCUCCACUCUGGCCGAGCUGUUGUACAGAAUGAAGAGGUUCGACUUGCUAAAAAGGAUCCUGGGAACCAGUCGAGCAGCAGUGGAAACCAGUUUGGCGAGAAAUCCCCAUCUGUUGACGCCUUACAGGGUGCUGAUGACUGAAAUCAAAGAGAACCUGGACAAAGAAGACUUGGAGUCUUUCAUUUUCCUUCUGUUGGACAAUUCCGGCACUUCCUACAUGAAGAAAGCGAAAGAGAAGAGCUUCUUGGGAAUUAUAAAUGACCUCGAGAAGUUAGACCUGGUGUCGCCCCACCAGUUGGACUUCCUAGAAAAUUGCUUGGUGAACAUUCACAGGAAGGACUUGGUAAAGAAGAUCCAGAAGUACCGACUGGAAGCUCCAGUUCACACCAUCGGCUCUGUGCCUGUGUACAUAAACGCGCUUCAGGCGUCGCUUCCCAAGCUCUCUCUUGCCGACCCUCCGAGGUUUGUGAACAAAGGAAGACUGCUAAAUGGAUCGGGAGCCAUUCAGAAGGAACAGGUCCCCGUGUCAAUACCAGAAAGCGGAACAGCCAUGUCUCAGGUGCCUGACCACUACAGAAUGCAGAGCCAGCCAUUGGGGAUAUGCCUGAUCAUAGACUGCAUUGGCAACGAUACAGGUGUCCUGGCCGAAGCCUUUACCAUCCUGAGCUUCGAAGUGCACAGUUACCCCUUCCUAGACGUGAAGUCCCUGCCCCACAAACUGUGCGAAGUGGCCCGGAUGAAGCAGCACAAGGACUACGACUGCUUCGUCUGCGUCGUGGUCAGCCGCGGGAGCCGCGAGGACAUCUUCUGCACCGACCGCCACUUGCCAGGCUACCCUCUGGAGAAGGUGAAGAGGUUCUUCACCGGCGACAAGUGCACGGCCCUCUUAGGGAAGCCGAAGCUCUUCUUCGUCCAGAGCUACGUCGAGCCGGGACAUCGGCAAGAGCCCCGCAGCUUCGUGGAGGCGGACGGCGAUCUCGUGAAUGCUAUCCCCCAGGUAGCGGACAUUCUCUGGAGCCAGAGCAUGGUGGAUGCGUCGGCCCUAGAGCGAUCGUCGAACUCAACUUCCUACUAUCUGUCCACGCUUGCGGAGCUCUUGGUCGAGACGCGCAAAAGGAAGUUGUCUCUGAUAGAUAUUCUUCUGGAGCUGAACAACAGAGUUUACGAGAGGAACACGCAUCACCCUACGGAACAGUACUCGCUCCUGUUAAAGCACACCCUGAGAAAAAAGCUCUACCUUUCACGAAGCUAGAGUUUAAAAAACCAGAACUCUCACAUAUACACACACACCGUGGUAUACCAACCACAUGUAUACACCUGCUGAGUUGUUAAGCUUAAAUGACAGACUUUUGCUUCCUGGGCCAAGCACAGGUGGGUUGUUCAAAAGUUUUUGUUUCUGUAUCCAUAAACUAGAAAAUAAAGAACCGCAUGAGUCACAGGAGAUUAAAAAGGUCGAUGGUGCAAACUCAGGUAAAAAUGUAUUUUAUUACUCAG